AUGUCUAAAGGAAAAGUUUGUUUGGCUUACUCUGGUGGUUUAGAUACCUCAAUUAUUCUAGCUUGGUUAUUAGAACAAGGUUAUGAAGUUAUUGCAUUCCUUGCUAAUGUCGGUCAAGAAGAAGAUUUUAAAGCCGCUGAAGAAAAAGCUCUAAAAAUUGGUGCUACUAAAUUUGUCUCUGUCGAUUGUCGUGAAGAAUUCGUUAAAGAUAUUUUAUUCCCAGCUGUUCAAGUUAAUGCUGUCUAUGAAGAUGUUUAUCUAUUAGGUACUUCUUUAGCUAGACCAGUUAUUGCUAAGGCUCAAAUCCAAGUUGCUGAACAAGAAGGUUGUUUUGCUGUUGCUCAUGGUUGUACUGGUAAAGGUAAUGAUCAAAUUAGAUUUGAAUUAGGUUUUUACGCUUUAAAACCAGAUGUUAAAGUCAUUGCUCCAUGGAGAUUACCAGAAUUUUUCGAAAGAUUUGCAGGUAGAAAGGAUCUUUUAGAUUAUGCUGCUGAAAAGGGUAUUCCAGUUGCACAAACUAAAUCUAAGCCUUGGUCAACUGAUGAAAACCAAGCUCAUAUCUCUUAUGAAGCUGGUAUUCUUGAAGAUCCAAACACUACUCCACCAAAGGAUAUGUGGAAAUUGAUUGUUGAUCCAGAAGAUGCUCCAAAUAAACCACAAGAAUUACAAUUAGAUUUUGAAAAGGGUUUACCUGUUAAAUUAUCUUAUAAUGGUAAAUCUGUUACUGCUCCAUUAGAUAUCUUUUUAGAAGUUUCUUCUUUAGCAAGAGCUAAUGGUGUUGGUAGAAUCGAUAUCGUUGAAGAUCGUUACAUUAAUUUGAAAUCUAGAGGUUGUUAUGAACAAGCUCCUUUAACUGUCUUAAGACGUGCUCAUGUUGAUUUAGAAGGUCUUGUCUUAGAUAAAGAAGUUCGUCAAUUAAGAGAUUCUUUUGUUACACCAAAUUAUUCUAGAUUACUUUAUAAUGGUUCUUAUUUCACUCCAGAAUGUGAAUAUAUUAGAUCAAUGAUUGCUCCAUCUCAAGAACAUGUUAAUGGUUCAGUUAGAUUAUCUUUAUACAAAGGUAAUGUAUUUGUUCUAGGUAGAUACUCUAACACUGAAAAACUGUAUGAUGCUACUGAAUCAUCAAUGGAUGAACUAACAGGUUUUGAACCAACUGAUACUACUGGUUUCAUUGCUAUUCAAGCUAUUAGAGUUAAGAAAUACGGUGAAGCUAAGAAGGCUCGUGGUGAAACACUAACUUUAUAA